GUGACAACGGUGACCCCGGGAGGUGACAAGGGUGACCCCGAGCGGGGCCAGCCCCCGCCGUGUCCCCAUUGUCCCCUCUCUUUGUCCCGCCAGGAGCCGCUGUCCCCGCUGUCCCCGCUGUCCCCUGAGCCCAACGGCUCGGCGCUGUCCCCGCUGUCCCCUCGCUGGCCCCGCGCGCCCUCGGGUGACAAAAGCCACCCGCACACCCUGGCCCACCUCAAGCGCCACCGCGCCGCCGCCAAAAACCCCAAAAACCGCCCCAAAAACCCCGAAAACACCCUCGGGGACAUCGGGGACACCCCUGGGGACACCGGGGACACCGGGGACACCCCUGGGGACACCGGGGACACGCCGCGCCUGCGGCUGACGGCGCCGCCCCCCGAGGCCCCCGCGGAGAAGCAGCGCUGCUGUAGGGUCAUGUGACCCCAUUUUGGGGGGUCACGUGACCCGAUUUUUGGGGUCCCCCCCCAAAUUUUUGGGGACCCCCCCGGUGUGGCUCCUUGUCCCCAAAAGUGGAAAUUUGUCCCCAAAAAAAAGAAACCGGGGCGAAGGUUGGCAGAGGAG